GGCCCCGCAUAAGGCCGAGUGUUCUUCCUCCAGCCUCCGGUGGCACCUGUGCCUUCUCCGUAGCAGUUUGUAGCCCACUGACCUGAAAUUCUAGGCGUUUCCCUUGCAAGACAGUAAUUUCCACUAGGGAAAACAUUGUGUCUUAUUUAUCUGAUACUUAGCACAGUACCUUUCAUGUAAUAUGUAAUGUGAAUUGUUUAUUGAAUUGAAGUGAAUUAGUAAACAGUUUGAUUGCUGAACAUUCUUUGCUUUUACUUUGAUACCCCUCGGUUUAAAGACAGAUUUUAGAAAAGGUUAGUGCUCUGCAGAAAAUUAGUGAAUCAGGCAGUAAGUAGACAUUGGAAAUGUUUGAGCAGGGGUGUGGUGAUGAAAGUUGGUGUUUAAGGAAGAUUGAUCUGGAGACAACCUUUUAUUAUAGGUCUAAAGUGCUCCUGGGAAACACAGGUGAAGGUAGCCGUGGUGGGAGCGGCAGAGGCCAGCGUCCAAAGCCAUUCCAAACAGCUUCCCGAGACUCUCACUUUCAUUUGCUCAAGUGGGAUGGACUCACUGGCAUGUUUCCGAAAACAAAGUGGAACAGUGAUGUGAUUUUUAUUUUUAAAGAAAGAACAUUCUUGUAAACUACCUAACUGAUCCAUUUUUCCUAUGUAUGAGACAUAGUCAUUAUUAAUUACUUGAAAAGAGUGAUUAUGAGUUUAAAUUUAAAAAAAAUUAGCUUCUGCAUAGCUAGCCUAAACUCUUCUAAAAUCAGUGGUUUCAUUUUAGCACAUUUAGAAAUAAUUGUUUAUUAUGAGGAAAACACCUCAGUUUCUUUUGCUAGCUGCCUUUUAUUUUUCAGUCGGACACCCCCAGUCUCACUGUAGGAUUUUAGUCCGCCGUUGGCUUUUGUGUUUCAUAUGACUCAUGUAAUUGUGUUGACUGGUUAAAGCUUUUCUCCCAUUUGUAGCUCCACUCUGCUGCCUUCUUUUUUUUUUUUUUUUAAUCUUCACUGGAGGUAUGUUCACUCUGCCUUAUUCUUAAUAUUGGCCGUUGUAAGUGUCUUAAUUUACAGUCGCUUUGUUGCGUUUUGUAUUACAGGGUUAUGAUUCAUUGAUUAAAAAGAAGAACUUCCCCAAAUACUUUGCACUUUUUGACUUCAUAUUAUGGAUACCAAGGAAGAGAAGAAGGAACGGAAACAAAGUUAUUUUGCUCGACUGAAAAAGAAAAAACAAGCCAAACAAAAUGCAGAGGCAGCCUCAGCUAUAGCUACAAGGACUCAUGCUGGAAAAGAAGAUGUUAGUACAGUCAUUUUAGAACAAGACAAGUGCAACAUUUCUGUGGAAGAGGAAUAUAUUACUGAUGAGAAAAAAAAGAGAAAAAAUAACCAGUUAAAGGAGAUCAGACGCACAGAACUAAAGAGAUAUUAUAGUAUUGAUGACAAUCAAAACAAAACACAUGAUAAAAAAGAGAAGAAGAUGGUGGUUCAGAAGCCCCACGGGACUGUGGAAUACACUGCUGGAAGCCAGGACACCCUAAACUCCAUAGCACUGAAGUUCAACAUCACUCCCAAUAAAUUAGUGGAACUGAAUAAACUUUUCACACAUACUAUUGUUCCGGGCCAGGUUCUUUUUGUGCCAGAUGCCAACUUUCCCUCUAGUACCUUAAGGUUCUCAUCAUCCAGUCCUGGUGCUACUGUCUCUCCUUCAUCAUCAGAUGCAGAGUAUGAUAAGCUGCCUGAUGCUGACUUAGCAAGAAAGGCCAUAAAACCCAUUGAAAGAGUCCUAUCAUCUACUUCUGAAGAAGACGAGCCAGGCGUGGUAAAAUUUUUAAAAAUGAAUUGUCGAUACUUCACCGAUGGAAAGGGCGUGGUCGGAGGUGUCAUGAUUGUCACUCCUAACAACAUCAUGUUUGACCCUCACAAGUCCGACCCCCUGGUCAUUGAAAAUGGGUGUGAGGAGUACGGCCUCAUUUGCCCCAUGGAAGAGGUGGUUUCCAUUGCUCUCUACAAUGACAUUUCCCACAUGAAGAUCAAAGAUGCCUUGCCAUCUGACCUACCUCAGGAUCUUUGUCCUCUGUACAGGCCUGGAGAGUGGGAGGACCUGGCUUCGGAGAAGGAUAUCAACCCAUUUAGUAAGUUCAAAUCUCUCAACAAGGAAAAACGGCAGCAGAACGGAGAGAGACCCAUCACUUCAGAUUCCGGAGCAACAAGGCCUUUGGAGAAACCAACAGAGUACACACAUACGAAGCCCUCGGACGGCUCAGUGUCAGGAACGUUAAAGAACCUGGGCUCCUCUGUGGAGGCCACCACUGGAUCGACCACGGUAGCUAAGGUCAGCAAGGAACCUCCAGACCCUCAUACUGACUUUAAAUCUGUAGCCAAAGAAAAUUCCCUUUUAGGAGAAGAUGAUGACUUCGUUGACUUGGAGGAGCUUCCUUCUCAAAAUGAUAGUGGAAUGGACAAAAGAGACACCUCAAAGGAGUGCCUUUCUCUUGGCCCAGAGGAGCAAAGCAAGGCUAAGUCACAGACAAUCAGUUCUGCGGAAAUGCAGGUGCAGGCAGCCCUGAGCUUUUCAGGAACAGAGAGUGAUGCUGAACUGAAGGGGGCCCUAGAUUUAGAAACCUGUGAGAAGCAAGAUAAAAUGCCAGAGGUGGAUAAGCAGCCUGGUUCUCCAGAAAGCCAGGUGGAAAACACACUGAACAUACACGAAGAUCUAGAUAAAGUUAAACUCAUCGAAUACUACCUUAGUAAGAACAAGGAAGGCUCACAGAUGUCUGAUAACCUGCAGAAGGCAGAAUUAAGUGAUAGCAAAAAUAUUGAGCCAGAGGGAAUAGACAUCACCCUUAGUAGUUCUCUUCCCCAGGUCAGUGAGCCCCCAAUUGAGGGCAAAAAAGAGCCAGAUAAAAACUGGGUGAAAGAGAGAGCACCCCAUCCACUGCAACUGGGCUCUUCUACAGAAGAAAAUAUGAGUAAAGAGUCUCUAGGCAACUCUUUGGAAUCUACUCUGGACAGUAGCUGCCAAGGCGCACAAAUGGAUAAUAAAUCUGAAAUCCAGUUAUGGCUGUUAAAGAGAAUUCAGGUACCCAUUGAAGAUAUACUUCCUUCAAAAGAAGAGAAAAGCAAGACUCCACCCAUGUUUCUGUGCAUUAAAGUGGGAAAACCAAUGAGAAAAUCUUUUGCCACUCACACGGCAGCCAUGGUCCAGCAGUAUGGCAAACGAAGAAAACAGCCCGAGUACUGGUUUGCUGUUCCUCGGGAAAGGGUGGAUCACUUGUACACAUUCUUUGUUCAGUGGUCUCCUGACGUCUAUGGGAAGGAUGCCAAAGAGCAAGGCUUUGUGGUGGUGGAAAAGGAAGAACUAAAUAUGAUCGACAACUUCUUCAGCGAGCCGACCACCAAGAGCUGGGAGAUCAUCACUGUCGAGGAGGCAAAGCGCAGGAAAAGCACGUGCAGCUACUAUGAAGAUGACGAGGAGACUGGCCUGCCGGUUCUGCAGCCCCACAGCGCGCUCCUGGAGAACAUGCACAUUGAGCAGCUGGCCAGACGCCUUCCAGCCAGGGUACAAGGGUAUCCGUGGAGACUCGCAUAUAGCACAUUGGAGCACGGGACCAGCUUGAAAACUCUCUAUCGGAAAUCAGCGUCGCUAGACAGUCCUGUCCUGUUGGUUAUCAAAGAUAUGGAUAAUCAGAUUUUUGGAGCAUAUGCCACUCACCCUUUCAAGUUCAGUGACCACUAUUAUGGUACAGGCGAAACUUUUCUCUACACGUUUAGUCCCAAUUUCAAGGUCUUUAAGUGGAGUGGAGAAAACUCAUACUUUAUCAAUGGAGACAUAAGUUCUUUAGAACUUGGUGGUGGAGGGGGACGGUUUGGUUUAUGGCUAGAUGCUGAUCUAUACCAUGGCCGAAGCAAUUCCUGCAGCACUUUCAAUAAUGAUAUUCUUUCCAAAAAGGAAGACUUCAUAGUUCAGGACCUCGAGGUAUGGACAUUCGAGUGAAAUUCAGGCUGCCUUAAAAUACAACAUUAAAAAGAAAGGGUUUGAUCAGCCCUCCUAACGCUGGCUGGCAGACGAAGCCCCAGCCUGGACUGCCUCACCCCCCUGUCAUGCUUGCUUUCUGCCGUCAUCUCAGAGCAUGAUCACGUCGCAGGGAGAUCCCAAAAGGUGCAUGUGGAGGGCAGGCACUGACGAAAGAGAUCUGAAGUCCAGAUUGUUGAAAGACUUUGUACUCCCACUCUCUCCAAAUCCAUACAGUGAGGAAUCAGAGUAUUUAUAGAUGUAUGAGUUGAAUGCAAUUUUUAUUUUUGUUAACUGUGAAAAAAAGAUACUGUUGAAAUAUAUACAUGCCUUGUGUAUUUAUCAACAUAAUUUUCAUUACCAAAAUGUACAGCAGACUCCUGUUGGCCAUGGGAAAGUUUAGUCUCAUUUAGAAAAAUUGAAAGUGCACAGCACUUAAAGGGAUUAUGUAUAUGAUUUUUUUAAAAACUGUUUUAUUUAUUAUUUCUAGUAUAUUGUCUGAAAUGUGUUGCCAGUCUUUUUUCUUUUAAUGUGUCAAAUCUUGAAAUAAAGAAAUGUGCUAUGUUUUAUAUUGA